AGUGCUGAAGGCGGGCGUAAUUAAAUAGGACUGAGCCUGCGCAAAAGCAAGCGAACCUAAACUCUUUGUGAUGGCGGGCACGGGCUUGGUGGCUGGAGAAGUUGUGGUGGAUGCGCUACCGUAUUUUGAUCAAGGUUAUGAAGCGCCUGGUGUGAGGGAAGCGGCUGCGGCGCUGGUGGAGGAAGAAACCCGCAGAUACCGACCCACUAAAAACUACCUGAGCUACCUGACAGCCCCGGAUUAUUCUGCUUUUGAAACGGACAUAAUGAGAAAUGAAUUUGAAAGACUGGCUGCUCGACAACCAAUUGAAUUGCUCAGUAUGAAACGAUAUGAGCUUCCAGCCCCUUCCUCGGGUCAGAAAAAUGACAUUACUGCAUGGCAAGAAUGUGUAAACAAUUCUAUGGCCCAGUUAGAGCAUCAAGCAGUUCGAAUUGAGAAUCUGGAACUAAUGUCACAGCAUGGAUGUAAUGCCUGGAAAGUAUAUAAUGAAAAUCUAGUUCAUAUGAUUGAACAUGCACAGAAAGAGCUACAGAAGUUAAGAAAACAUAUUCAAGAUUUAAACUGGCAACGAAAGAACAUGCAACUCACAGCUGGGUCUAAAUUGAGAGAAAUGGAGUCAAAUUGGGUGUCCCUGGUCAGUAAGAAUUAUGAGAUUGAACGGACUAUUGUACAGCUAGAAAAUGAAAUCUAUCAAAUCAAGCAGCAACAUGGAGAGGCAAACAAAGAAAACAUCCGUCAAGACUUCUGAAAAGACAAAUUAAAUUUGAGGGUAGAAAGGAAGAAAAGUUGGGCUUUCACAGAAGGCAUCUGAACUUUCUCUGAACUAUGAAGGACAGCGACAGCAUUUCACAGAGACAGUUGAUGGUUAAGUGUGUUUAGAAAUCAUAGAAUAUGUGAACUAUUGUGUUAAUUCUAUUUGUAUAUCUUAGGAAAAAUAAAAAUUUCUAAUUUGGUGGUAUUUUUAUAGCCAUAAAGAAAACUUUAGGCUUUUAAGAUAAAUAUGACUUUAGAAUAAAAUUAUGUCAUAGAAUUAAUUUUUGAGCCACUUGGACCAUGUUUGUAUCCAAGGACUUUAACAUUUUCAGACUGAGCAGGUGGCUUAUACCUGUAAUCCCAGCAUUUUGGGAAGUUGAGGCAGGAGGAUUGUUUGAUCCUGGAGUUCGAGAUCAGCCUGGACAACAAAGCCAGACCCCAUCUUACAAAAAUUACCUGGUGUGGUGGCAAGCACCGUUAGUCCCAGCUAUUUGGGAGGCUGAGGCAGAAGAAUGGCUUGAGCCCAAUAGUUUGAGGUUGCAGUGAGUUAUAAUGACUCAAACCCAGGCAACAGGGAGACAAUGUCACCAAAAACAUAAAUAAAACUUUCCAACACAUA